GUAUUUUGCUAUUUUGAACUUCAAGAUUAUCUUGGAUUAAUAUUAUUCUGUUGCCUUCACAUCGCCAGCAUUAUGUCUACUGUCGAAGGUGCCGGGGUCUAUCCCGCUCUGGAAAACCGUCCAUUGAAGGGCACAAUUUGUCUUUUCGAUGUUGACAAUACCUUGACGCCUGCAAGAAGGCACGCCACAGAGGAGAUGCUCCAGGUGCUUUCGCAGUUGCGGCAAAAGUGUGCCAUUGGCUCCGUUGGCGGUUCCGAUUUCUCCAAGCAGCAAGAACAACUCGGUUCCUCGAGCGUCGACGUUACUUCCCUCUUCGACUUUUGCUUCGCCGAGAACGGGUUGACAGCCUAUCGCUUAGGAAAGCCCCUCACCGGUAACAGCUUCAUUGAGUGGAUUGGGGAGGAGAAGUACCAGAAGUUGGUGAACUUCAUCCUCAGAUACAUCGCGGACCUGGACAUACCAAAGAAGCGCGGUACCUUCAUUGAGUUCCGAAACGGAAUGAUCAAUGUCAGCCCUAUUGGCAGAAAUGCUUCUGUUGAGGAGCGAAACGAAUUUCAGGAAUACGAUCGGGUGCACAACAUCAGAGGUCCAUUCGUGGAAGCUCUGAAGAAGGAAUUCCCUGAUUACGGUCUGAGCUACUCUAUUGGCGGUCAGAUCUCCUUCGAUGUUUUCCCUACCGGCUGGGACAAGACAUAUUGUCUGAGACAUGUCGAGGCCGAAAAAGAUAUCUCGGGUAUUGACUACAAGACGAUUCACUUCUUUGGUGACAAAACUUUCCCUGGUGGUAACGACUUCGAGAUCUACGACGACGCCAGGACCAUCGGGCAUUCCGUUAAGGAUCCGGAAGACUGUUUGAGACAACUUAGGGAAUUAUUCCAACUAUGAAGUGCAUUGCUUCGAAGCGUCCGCUGCCGAAACGUUUCCUGAUAUCACUCACUAUACAUUAAUAGAAGAAUAUAAUUCUCGAACUAUGUACCGUACAUAUCAUGUCGCUACAGUCCCAAGACCUAACUGCUCUAUGGCUAGACCAUAUCGAGUCUCAUAGGAGAAGUCUGUUCACUGACAAAUAUUGAUGCAC